CUGGUAUUUCCUGUAUUUUUUAUAUAUUUCAGUAAAGAAAUAUUGCGAGCAGUGCCUUACGUACCAAUACUGACAACAACGGCUGUUUGGGCUAUAUGGUUUUGUGCAAUAGCUAAUUUUUAUUAUGAAAAUCUGUUGUUCUUUUUUGCACCUACAUACUUGCACGCAGUACUUGGGUUCCAUGUGCAUGAUACGGGUUUCACUGCCGCUCUACCUCCUCUGUCACAUUUUGCGAUCAAAAUAGCCUGUGGCAUAGCUAGCGAUAAGAUACGAUCGAUUGGAGACACCGCCAAAGUAAAGAUAUUCAACACAGUGGCAUAUUUUGGAUGUGCGGUAUGUUUAUUCAUACUUGCUUUUUUCGGUGACGGUCGGAAAAUGCUAUGUUUGGUUUUGUUGUCCUUAUCCGCAGGAUUUCUUGGUUUUACACCCGGUGGAUUUUAC